CGAGCGCGGGGCCGAGCGGAGCGGAGCGGAACGGAGCGGUGCGGUGCGGGCGGGAUGCGGGGCUGGAUGCGGGGCAGGAUGCGGGGCUGGGCGCUGGCCCUGCUGCUGGGCGCGCUGCGCGCAAGCGGCACCGAGCUCACUUUCGAGCUGCCCGACAGCGACAAGCAGUGCUUCCACCAAGAGCUGGACCGAGGCCUCAAGUUCACGCUGGACUACCAGGUGAUCACUGGGGGCCACUACGAUGUCGACUGCUACAUCGAGGACCCCAACGGCCGCACCAUCUACAGGGAGACCAAGAAGCAGUACGACAGCUUCCCGCACCACACUGAGCUCACGGGGAUCUACACCUUCUGCUUCAGCAAUGAGUUUUCCACGUUCUCCCACAAAACCGUCUACUUCAACCUCCAGGUGGGCGACGAGCCGCCCAUCCUGCCCGACAUGGGCACCCGCGUCACCGCUUUGACACAGAUGGAGUCUGCCUGCGUCACCAUCCACGAGGCGCUGAACGCGGUGAUCGACUCCCAGACUCACUACCGCCUGCGGGAAGCACAGGACCGCAGCCGGGCUGAGGACCUCAACGGGCGCGUCUCGUAUUGGUCGGUUGGGGAAACCGUCAUCCUCUUCGUGGUCAGCGUUGGGCAAGUGAUGCUGCUCAAAAGUUUCUUCACUGAGAAGAGACCAAUCAGCAGUGCAGCUGACACCUAGUGCCACAGCUGUGCCCAUCCCAAACUGAAGCGGGGGGGCAGGGGUUUUCAUGGUGCUGCAGCGGGGAUGUGGCUGGGGACGGAGCGGGGAGUGCUGGUGUUGCUCACCCAGGUGGAGAACAGCUGCCAAGCGCCAGCAUCCCCUCACCUAUCCUCCCCCAGCAGCAACCCCCAGGAUGUCACCUGCCCCCACCAGUGCCAGGCCACCUCUGGGCUGUGUGCCGCCAGCACAGGUCAGCCGCCCACCUGCAGGCUGCAGGGUUUGCAUCCAGCUGCGUGCGCACGGCUCCCCGCUGUGUCUGCAGUGGGCGGGUUGUCCCCUGAGCACUCACAGCAUCUCCCACGUUGGAGUUUCAGUGGGGGCUCUUGGCUUGUUUAUUUCAUCUGCUUCCCCCUGUGCAGCAUUUCCUAGGCCACAGGAGUAAGCAGCAUGCUCCACAGAAGAUAUUUUUGUACUUACCUGAGUCCAUGCCGGAGCCCCGUCCCCUUCCCUUGGUCCCAGCUCCCGGGGGCGGCUGGCUGCGGCACCCGGCCAUCUCCACCAGCACCACUUUGUCCUUCCACUUUGCCACUUCACAAUAAACCCACAUGACUCUG